GUUUUUAUUUGGUGCCAUAGAUUAAAGGGGAGUUAGGCUCUCUCCGAUCUCCACCACUAGGCUUUCCAUCGGCCUAUCGCUGCUCUCCUGCACGCUUACGACGACACCCGGAAGCAGCCAGCUGCCUGCUUUGUUUUGUUUUGGUAGUGGGAGUUAGGUGAGAGGCAGACAGACGAGCAGGCGGCGGUACGGCACGGGAGAGAGCCGCUCUCUAAAUGGGGAGAGCUAAAUCGGGAAUGGAAAAUGACGGCCCGAUAGCUGACGCCUGUAAAAUGCCGAGUUUCAUCAGCGGCAUCGAGGAGGGGAGGGUGAAAUUGUCCCGCAACCUGCCGACACAAACUUCCUUCACGGACGGUAAAGUUGAGCGGACGCUCGGAGAUUUGAGCCGACGUGUCACCAGGUCAAACUCCCGGCUAUCGCUGGACGAAAGCGACAGGGACCCGGGGGGGAAGGAUGCGGAGGGCAACAACAACAACAACUGCAACGGCGGAGGGAGAGCGAGGAGGAGGGCGAGCGCUGUCGACAUCCUGAGGAAGAAUUUCGGGGAUUCAAAAUCUCCCUCUUUCCGUCUAAACGGAGGCAGUCGGAUGCAGUGCGGAGCCGAGCUUGAAAACCACGAAGGAAGCGUUAACGACACUCAAGAUUAUGGACCUGAUUAUAGCGGGUCUACAAAGUCGGACGUAGAAACGGGCGAAGCCGAGGUGGAAAACGAACCAACCUCGAGCGAGUUACCGAGUUUGGGUGUUCGGGCAGUUGAAUUGUUAACCGUUACAGGUCAGCGCCAUCAUACGUGUGACAACAGCGGCAGCACGGCCACUCCGGAGGGGUCUGUCAGCGCCAAAAAGCACGUCUACUGCACCGUUUACUGCAUCGCCAACGACAGCCAUGGAAAAGACGCCGAAAUCACGGACUGCUCCGAUGACACCGUCGCACCGGACGCGUCAGAACGGGACUUGGAGACUGGGCGGGAUGCGGGUUCGAGUCCCGAGCUGCCACCGUACACAGUGGACGACCUGGUGGAUCCUUUUGGGGACUUGUCCCACCGGCUGUCCGCGGAGCAGGCCGGCGCCGAGGGUGCGAUGCACAGUUGCCGGGUGUGCAUGGAAGAGAAAACCAUCGCACCCCUGCCCUGCUGCAGGAAGGCCGUGUGUGACGAGUGUCUGAAACUCUACGUCAGCUCCCAGGUGCGAGUGGGGAAAGCUCUUAUCAGCUGUCCGAUCACGGAGUGUAGUGGCAACCUGGAGGAAGGACUGGUGAUUUCCCAUUUGACCAAAGAGGAGGUGGCAAAAUAUCGUUACUUCUUGGAGCUGAGUCUGCUGGAUUCGAGCACAAAGCCCUGCCCCCAGUGCAGUCAGUUCACUUCUCUGAAGACGCACACCCCCAACCGCUCCGAGCACAAGUAUAAAAUCCAGUGUAGCAAUUGCCAGUUUGUGUGGUGCUUUAAAUGCCACGCGCCCUGGCAUGACGGGCUCAAAUGCCGCGACUACAGGAAAGGAGACAAGCUGCUACGUACCUGGGCGAGUGUCAUUGAGCACGGACAGAGAAACGCCCAGAAAUGCCCCAAGUGCAAGAUUCAUAUUCAGCGUACGGAGGGAUGCGAUCAUAUGACCUGUGUGCAGUGCAACACCAACUUCUGUUACCGCUGCGGAGAGCGCUACAGACACCUGAGAUUUUUUGGGGACCACACAUCCAACCUCAGUGUGUUUGGCUGCAAGUAUCGCUAUCUCCCCGAUAAACCUCAUCUGAGACGGCUAAUUAGAGGCUCUGUCUGUGCCUCUAAGGUGCUGAUAGCUCCUGUGGUCAUUCUGCUGGUCGUGGUGCUCGGAGCUCUCGCGCUGGUGAUAGGGUUGGUUGUUUUCCCGAUUUAUUACGUGUGCAAGAAGAGGAAGAAGCAGCAGCGCACCAGAGGCUCCGGACGAUGGAUCUGAAGCUCGUCCUUCUUUCCAUGCAGACCUCACCCUCACACACACACGCACACACAAACACACACAAACACACACGGCUUGGAAAGACAACACCCGCAUCUCCUCAGGGACAGACCUGCCAGCCUGAGUCAUCACAAAACUCUUGAGAUGAGCAACACAAACUAAACACUGGCAGUUAGGAAGGACCUCAGGUGGAAUGAUGUACCUAAAUCUGAACGAAUGCACAUCUUUACAUCUGGAUUAUUGCUCUCAAGUGGGACUACUGCAAAAUGAAUGCUGUAUCAGGAUGCUGGAUAUUUACGCAGAAGAGUGUCUGUGAAGGUUCUCAGUCAUCCAGGUCAUCGUAGUCAAAGGAAUUUGCAAAGAAAAGCGUCUGGACUUCUUUGAGUUGCUCGGCCAUUUGACCUUAGAACUGAAGAAGCUUCUCGGAUGAGAGGUGAAACGUCUUCAAGCAACUCAAAGAAGUCCAGACGCUUUUCUUUGCAAAUUCCUUUGACGCAGAAGAGUAAUUAAAAAAAAAAGUUUAAAAAAAGUUUUAAAAAAAAAGCAACCCCACCCCCCGAUCAGCUGCUGUCUUGCACAGUGCUCGUCACAUAGAGGAUGUUAAAUGUAGGAACUUCUGAGGACUUUCUUGGAUACACUGCAGGAAGUUUCAAUCAGUGCACAUUUUCCACGAAUGUCACACUUUUUAUUUUAUUAUUUUAAAGGAGAACAACCAUAAAGCGCAGCUUAAACAGCUGCAGUUUGGUUUGCACCCAUGCUUUCCUACCUGUGGUUGGUUUGACGCUGAGAUGCAGGAAUACUGUGGACAGGAGGCUUUGAGAGUGUCGGAUACCGGUAAUUAUGAAGGCGCCAGAAAUGCCGGCUGCACAGUGAUAGCAGAGCCUCGCGGAUGAAAAAGAAGGAAAUACGUUUUUACUCAUUUGCAAAAGUUGUUUGUGCCGCUGUUGGCUGGAGGAAAAAAGAGUGAGAAAUGGAAAUGAAUUUGGAACAAACACUGAUAUCAAGUUCUCACUGAUGCAACGCAAGCUGGACGUCAACUUUUCCCAGCGUAGGUCAGAUAUUUGGAAAAAUUUCCAUCGCAGUUUGAGUAUCUGGCAAACCCACAGCGUGGACAAUAAUGUCAAAGGAAGGAUGAUACUUGACUAUUCUGGGUAACAGCGACUGGCUCUCAAAUUCUCGCUAGAAGGUUUGAAGAUUAGGCGUGUACCCAACCUUAAGAGUGACGUCUGGUGUUAAAGAUCGCACACUCACACACACGAAAGUGAAACUUUGGAAGGCCCUUUGGAGUUAUAACAAGCCUCUGUUGUUUUCUGUUAUGGUUUUCCAUCAAACUUUCAUCCUGUCUGUCCCCGUCUCUCUUGCUGUCUUUUUGUCCCACCUCUCUGUCUGUCUGUCUGUCUGAGCUGAUGCUGGUUUACACUCCCUCCCUGCAUGGCAUGUUGUUUCCAGUGAGCCUACACGCUGUAUGCCAGUAUCUGCAUCAUCAAAAAAAAAGGAGCUGCUGUGCCAAAACAAAGCGCUGAAUAUGGCGGGAUAGACGGUUUACCGUGUCCCUUUGUUUUUUUUGUUUUGUUUUUAUUGUUCUUUUAGACGUGAACUUUUGCAGGGGUGUCGAUGAGGUAUAAUGAAGUGUGCACAAGAAAUGGGGAUCAAAACAAGCUGUAGAAGUACGGUAGAUAGUUGGAAAGUGCUCAGAAGAGCAGAAACUGACUGAAAAGACAGAGAAUAGAAUGUAGAGUUAGGCCCGCGGUUUACCAAAGAGCUAAACAGGGUGUUAUUGUUCUUAAGGUCAUCCAGUUUAUUUGGAUGUCAGCUGUAUGUGGAUCAGUUUUGUGUUUUUGUUUGUUUGUUUGUUUGUAGCUGUCUGCCUGCUUGACAGUUUGGAUAGUGACAAAGCAGUUUUUGACGCAGACCUCUGAAUUCAUUCGCACUGGCACGAGAGAGAGCGCGCACAGCGAGCGCUGCCAGGAAACGACAGAUUUUAAGAGCUUUAAAGGUCGCCACCUGGCAGCAGUCAGCCAGCUGCUCUCUCCACUUAUCCUGUCACUCUUUUUGUUUUUUGUGGGUUUUCAUUUUAUUUUAUUUCAUUUUUUUAUAUACCUUUUAUGCCUCGUGAUUGUCCUUUAACAUCUUUUGUCCGUGCCGCUGCCCCGUGAGGUGUGACUGGACUCUGACCUCAGCUGUGAGUGGAUGUGGAGAGGCGGGUGAUUACAGUACACAACGCUCAAUUGCAGCAGCAGCCACAGAGAAAAAGGAAGCAUCCAAACCAAUUGCUUUUUUUUCUCUCCACACUUCUGACAUGUGAAAAUAGCACACAUCUGCCCAGUGGUGCGUUGUGGAAGUGAAAAAGGUUUCCAAAUCAGUCACAGACUUCUUUUUUUUCUUUUUCAUGGAGUGAGGAUGGCGUUUUAAAGGUGACGCAUUAAGAAAAACACAAAGAGACGGGUGUGUUCCAGCUGGACGCAGGAGACGACACGGUAGAGUGAGUAAAUAUGUGGAAGGCCAAGUGAUGAGUAGUUCCAGGUGAAAUGUCUCCAUCUGAAACAAACACUGUGGGUGAAGGCGGGAAGUUGGUGUCUGUGCGUCCGUAGCGAUUGCCGUCAGAGCGAAUGUUACAGCACGUUUCGUCACUGAAGCGGAUGUUGGAUGAUUUGCAGUGCAAUGCCAUUAACUGGGGUUGAUCCCAGGGACCUGAUCUCUUUUCUACAUCUGGGAGUUAACACAUACAACGUGUCAGCUGUAGGCGCAAUAUACAUACACAGAUUGUUACACACCCUAUCUGAACGACCACAACGGGGUCACGACUCUGGGUUUGAAUCUGCUCUCAGGAAGUUUGCUUUUCUCUUCACUGUAACCCAGAGCCUCCCAUCUCACCUGAGCUGUGCCACAGAUAUCCUCAACUGCACUCUAGAGUCGCAACUCUUCCCGAUGCCUGGAGCUCCAGGGAUUAGAAACCCCGGUUUAAAUUCCAGGAAGUAAAACCACUGUAGUGUCAAAAGAAGAUCAAACUGUGUGGGUGCAGCCGCCACUGUCUGGUCUGCACUCUGGUCACGGGUUAAACCUGUACAUUACAAUAUGUAUUAGUAAGUCAGCAGCAUGGAGACGGAUGUGCAAUGAAUGGGCCAAACUGAAUGCUUUUAACAUUUACUCACAUGCAUUUCAUGCAGGCAUGUUUCAGCUACACUGGUGUAAUGAAUUGCUGCUUGUUUUUUUGUUUUUGUUUUUUAAAGUUAUUAAACGGUUGACAGAGCAUAUGACGGUUAUGUCCUUUAGACUAUUUCCAUGGCGUUUUCCUAAAUUUGAAUUUUUCUUUAAUGGUUAGCUCGUCAGGAAAAAAAAGAUGGCAAAUUUGCCUUUUGUUUUUGUUUCAUUUUUUUUGUAAAUACGGAUAAAUGAGGUCUUAUGGGUUGGUUCUUUUCCAUGUGACAUCAGGUUUUUACCCUUUUAUACACAUCUGUGUUGCAUAACUCUGCCUAGUGCUAAUGCCAAGCAGAAAUCCCAUCUUUGUUGUUACUGUUGUUGUGUUACUAUAGCCAGGAGCUCUUUGGUUAAAGCUGUAACCAGAAGCUGCUCUGUAUAUUCAUUUAGUGACAUUAGAGUUGUUUCAGGCCAUGAUUUUUUUUCCCCUUGCUGGGAAGCAUUGGCUGGUUGACACCAUGGUCUUUGUUUUGUUUUGUUUAUAUGACAUUCCCGGUUUUAUUGGCAUAAAUAUGCAACGGUGCCUUCACAUCAACAAUAGAUCAGAUUACCAACUUGUUAUUCAGGGUCCCUGCAAAUAUUACAGACAAGGGUGCAGUCUCAUCACAGCCUGCUGUUGUAUGUGUUAUUUAUUAGAACAGUUAAUAGAGCAGUACAAGAGGCUUCUUGAUGUAAAAUAAAUUUGUCUGAAACUACUGUUGAAGGAAUAUAUAUUUAUGGAUGUCUUACCCAUACCACACAGAAGAUAUGCAGAUGACUCAGUGUUUUCCUGCUAAAAAUAUGUUUUAUAGCUUCAGAUUAAACUAAACUUCUGAAAUUUUAUAAGUGCCACAAUCCAGUGAGUCUCGCUAUAUCCCAAAUACUGUUUGUACCUUUUUGCACAAGCUACACUGUCACAAUUUUUCCGACUUGCUCUUUGGAUUAAUUCGAGGAGGCUGUUGCACUCAUCAGAUGAACAUCAUAAAUAAGGCAAAAACGGGACUAAGCCUGUCUUGAUGAAAGAGUUAAUCACGCCCCCCCCCCCAAAAAAAAAAGAUUUCAGUGUCAUUUCAGCAUAAGUUUGACUCAGGACAAGUGAUGUUGCAAUAUGGUGGUGUACUAUCAGUAACAUCGGGUUGGGUUUUCCCUAUCUAGACAUGCAAAGUUGUUGGAACGACAACAGCAGCAGGUUUAUGUGUACACGCCACACAGUUAUCCACGGGUAUUUCUAUUCAAGGAAAUGUUAGAGACGCUUGAUAAGUAUGUUCCUUGUUUUCACCAGGAAAACAUUCUUCCACCUGCUGCCACUGUCAGAAACAUCUGCUGGUAAUAUUUGCUAUUGUUGCUCACUUAGCCAGGCACAAACACUGUUUUCUCCUGAACAUUUGCUUUAUUAACGGAGAAUAAAGUAAAGUAAGUCAAAUGCCAAAA